GUGAUGAGUCAGCAGGUCGGAUUUGGACAUGAAUUAACUUCAAUCCCGGUCCAGAAUCUUCGCUGAAAUCCGGUCGUCUCUCUGGACUUGAAAUUUUUAACCCAUCGUGCAUAUGUACUUCGCCUUCUAUUCAACUAUCAAAGAUCCAUUGUAUCGUAAUGCCCAACCCCGAAUCCCGUCGGACGGAGGCGAGGAGACUCCGAAAGACAACGCCCGCCCCAUACGGCCAAGCAUGCAUCAAUUGCGCUCGUGCCAAAUGCAAAUGCCUACUAUUGGCGACUGGUGACCGGUGUGAAAGAUGCGAUCGUCUGGGCAAGGAAUGCCGACCCCCGUUAUCGGUCCGAAUGCGCAGGAAGGGUUCUUCAAACACGAGAAUUGCACGAGUGGAAUCUAGACUCGAUAGUCUUCUGUCUGCGCUGCAAAGCCCUAGUAUAUCUGCGCAGUCUUCUUCUGACUCGGAAGGAGUGCGAAAGGGUGACAAUUCGCUAGAAGGGCACGCCGAGGAGUCGCCCAGCGCUCCCAACCCAUAUGAUAUUAAAACAAGGACUCCUGUCUUUGCGCUGCCUGCACUAGACAACCCAAACCCCUUGCUCCAUGUCUCGUCCGAUGCGGCAACUAGACUUCUUGAGUAGUUCCGGACCGAAAACCUGAACUAUCUUCCCUACAUCUAUAUACCGCCCCAUGUCACCCCUCAAGAACUUAUGAAAGAGAAGCCAUUCUUCUGGUACUGCCUUACUGCAGUCCUGACGCCGAACCUGACUCAGAGAGAAUCCCUGUUCACCAAAGUGCAUAACACUAUUUACCAAGAGCUUCUUGUGGACAUUGCCCCUAACAUGGACAUUCUUCUCGGCCUUAUGACCUUCAUGUCCUGGUAAGUGAGUGGAGAGGCUCAACAGUCCCAUUGGAAAAGUGUAGCUUAGUAUCUUCUGACUUCCUUAUCAAGGAA